AUGGGGGAGGUGAAGUUGUAUGGGGUGUGGGCAAGUUCCUACUGCAACAGGGUCCAAAUGGCCCUCAAACUUAAGGGCAUACCCUACGAGUAUGUGGAAGAAGAUGUAAGCAACAAGAGUCGAUCGCUUCUCAACUACAACCCUGUUCAUAAGAAGGUCCCUGUAUUGGUACAUAACGGUAGACCCAUCGCUGAGUCUCUUGUAAUUCUGGAAUAUGUUGAUGAGUUCUGGAAGAAAGCUCCCCUACUACUGCCGGAAGACCCAUACGAAAGAGCUAAGGUCCGCUUCUGGGCCAAUUUUUACGAUCAAAAGUUGAGCCCGAGUAUCAACUCAAUUGUGAAGACGGGGGGCGAAGAGCAAGAGAAAGCCAUAAAAGAGCUCCUGGAGAACAUGAGAGUGAUGGAAGAAGAACUCUUUGAGAAAGAGAGUACUGUAACAGCAAGGUCACCUUUCUUCAAUGGAGAUUCCCCAGGAUUCCUGGACAUUGUCAUGGGAUCGAGUAUGUGCAACCACCGUGCUGUGAAGGAGGCCCUGGUGGUGGGUACCGACUUGAUCAACCUAGACAAGUACCCAUUUUGCUAUUCCUGGCUCACCGCUCUUGAAGAACACCCUAUCAUGAAAGACACACUUCCACCCCAUGACAAACUGGUUGAACUCAUUCGGAAGUGGAGAGAGAAGCUUGCUCAUUAA